UUGUCCGGUGCUCACCUUCUUAGUCUCCCUCUUCACUGCCUUCACUGGCUCGUCGCCUCCUCUGCGUAACUGCUUCGCCGUGCUUGAUCUCCUUCUUUUCAGGGAUCUCUAUUAUUAAUAUAUUUGAUUUGUUGCACUCAACUAAUAGCCAUCGGAGAAUGGAUUUAGAAUUGGGCAUUACCAAGAUUGCCCCUGGGAGUGUUGAUGCUGCUGGCAUUAAGAUUGCCCGAGCGAAAUCAGAUGCCGAGGUCGCACCUAGUAAAGAUGUGGAUCCUAGGAUUGCCCGUGCUAAAUCAGAUACCAACAUUUCCUAUUCUGAGAAUGUGAAUGGCACAGAGAUUGUGUCAGGGGAAUCAGAUAUUCAUGAUUCAGAAAUUCAACCGGCUCCUGAGAUUUCCCAAGAGGACUUGAAUGUUCCGAUUACUCCUGAUUCUCCACGGUUAAGUGUUGAGCUGCCAAAUUUGGAAGUAGCAAUUGAAUGUGCAUCUCGCUGGUCCAAGAUCCAAAAGGUUCCCAUCUUUUUGCAUCAAAAUCUCAACUUUGAUAGGUACUGUUCACCCAAGAUGAUAUCAUUUGGUCCCAUCCAUCACCAUCGGCAGAAUGAGGAUCCCCAGCUGGGCCUUGGACAACGAUUCAAAUACCAUUGGGCAUUCCAUUAUAUUGAGCAAGUAGCCAAAGAAAAAGGUAUGCAACAUGAAGAGGCAAAAUUGUUUCUGUACAAAAUUGUAAAAGGACACCUUCCGAAAUUGAGGAAACAGUUCAGGAAGGACGUGGUUGAAAUGUACAUCGAUGAGGAACUAGAGAAGAUGUUGUUUGUGGAUGGAUGUGCUUUACUCUAUUUCAUGGACACCGCUAAUGAUAAGAAACCAGAACUCUUGAUGCUAAAGCUUGACCAGUUGAUGUAUAUAUGGAGAGAUAUUAUCUUGUUGGAAAACCAACUUCCAAUGGAGUUGUUGGAGUUACUAACGGAUGAUUGUGCACUCCAGUUGGGUGACUCACUCUUCAAUUUUCUAUUGGUGGGCCAACCAAAGAAGAGAGAAGAGUUAUCCUCCCUUCCCAAACAUGAUCACCAAGAAUCAAAUCAUCUACUGGACUAUAUUCGCUCAUAUUACUCUUGUACAGGAAAAUCCCAACUUGAUGUUUCACCUGGCAAAAAGGUAUUUUGGCCAUCACUCCUUGAUACGCUUGUUCCAUCAAAAUUAAGAAAGGCAUUUCGAUCUCUCCGAGAAGCGCAUUCUUGGCAUACAUACAAGAACAUAGGGGAUCUUAGAAAAGCGGGUAUUGGCGUGAAAACAAGCAAAGCUGAAUGGAAAUGGGAUAACAUUUCCUUCACCUCCAACUGGUUUAGCGGACAAUUGAUGCUUCCGGGGAUUGUAGUUGAUGAUAUAGCACUUUAUCUCUUUCGCAACUUGAUUGCAUAUGAACUGUGUCCGGACUUCUCUAGCAACUUUGAAUUCUGCUCGUACUUUAUCCUGAUGGAUUCCUUGAUUGAUGAUGCCGAGGAUGUGAAAGAGCUCAGAGCAGCAGGUGUCCUCCAAAACUUGCUUGGAAGUGAUGAAGAAGUGGCCAGACUCUUCAAUGAACUAGGCCAUAUAUUGCCAACCCAACUCUUCGACGCCUAUAAAUAUGACAAUAGAUAUGUUGAAGUCAAGCGUCAAAUCGAUGAGCAUUACAGAAAUACAUGGAAAACUUGCGUGGCUCAAUUACGCAGCACUUACUUCAAUAUCCCAUGGUCUUACAUUACCUUUUUUGCUGCUGUGUUUGCAUUGGUUCUUACUUAUCUCCAAACAUGGUAUACUAUACAUCCUGUGAAGUGAAAUUCAUAUUAGUCUGAUCAAGUAUGUAGUUACUAAAUAUUAAGGUCAAACUAUAAAGUGACAUCCUCACCACAAUAAGUAAGGUUUGCACCCAAUAUUGUGGAAGAAAAAAAUUUUUUGUUGUCAUGUAAGGUUUUCUUUGUCUUUUUUGUUUUGCGUGGUAUGUUGUAAUGUUGUUGGUCGAAUAUUUUCGACCGACCGAAUCGAUCGGAUGGUUGAGUCAAGGAGAGGGGAAUCGAUGACAAGGGCUUCAAUUCAUUUGAAGUUGUCGAAGGAUGAAAUCAACAGAUUUAAAGUAUCAAGAUCAAAGACAGGUUGUAUGGAAGUAGCAGUUACUCGACUUUGCAUUUAGCAGGAACCGUAAUCUUGCAUUUGUUUAAAGGGGAGAUCUGGCACUAUGGGAUUAGUCGAAUUGUUCUAUAAAUAGACAAGGCUUGGAAGGAACGAAGGUUGGAAUUCUACUUCAGAAAACACUCUCUUACUCUCAUAUUCCCAGUGACUUUCUGAGUUUGCUUAGAGCUUCAUUUU